CACACGCACACACACACACACACACAGAUGGACGGGUGAGGUGAGACAGUGCAGAUAAACUCCAGCAGUCUGUCUGUCGGUCGGUGUGUGUGAAGGUUCCUGCAGGAUUGUUCUCCUCCGGGAUUUUUUUGGUCGGGAUCUUCAGGUCCAGGUGCGACGCACACACACACACACACACACACCUCGCGAGCGCCGGGCGGACCGGUGCAGCUGACGGGCUGAAGAUGAAGAUGAUGAAGAAUAGUUCCCGGAUGGCCGGACUCUCGGUGGUUUUGCUCCUGCUGCACGCGACACGAGCAGCAGCCGAACCCAUCGAUGUGCUGAAGGUCCUGGAGCUGUCAGACUCCAUGGAGGGCGUGUCCCUGGAGGCGGGGCUUUGCACCAGUAGGCGGGGCUCCGAGGAGGCGGACCUCGCUUAUAAGAUUGAGAAGAAAAUCCAAGUCAGUGUUCCGACCAAUCAGCUUUUCCCAGACGCCGUGUUCCCGGAGGAUUUCUCGGUUCUGGUGACGGUUCGGGCUCGGCGUGGCGCUCAGUGUUUCCUGCUGUCGGUGUAUGACAGUGAGGGAGUUCAACAGCUCGGACUGGAGCUUGGACGCUCACCCGUCUUCCUCUACGAGGACCAGAACGGCCAGCCCACGCCUGACCUCUACCCCACAUUCAAGAAGAUCAACCUGGCGGACGGCAAGUGGCACCGAGUGGCCUACAGCGUGGAGGGUCAGAAGGUCACGCUGUACCUGGACUGUCAGAAGGUGGCGACCCUUGACCUCCCUCGAGGGCCGGGGCCCAGGGUCAGCACAGAGGGAGUGACAGUGUUCGGGACGAGGCUUCUGGAUGAAGAAGUGUUUGAGGGUGAGAUUCAGCAGCUGUUAAUCUCUCCAGACCCCAGAGCUGCUGCUGAUUACUGCCACACACACAUUCCUGACUGUGACUCCGCCCUCCUGUACAACAGCCUAUCACUGGACCCCGUGGAGGUCAAGAAGCCGCCGAGGAAACCAAUUGAAGAAGAGUUUGACGAUGACCUUUACAAUGACCUUUACAAUGACCUGUCUGAAUCAACUGCAGGAGACAAUGCCACCGAGUACGAGAUAGUGGAGUACGAGGACUCUGAGAACGAGACGGAGUAUUUUAAGGAGUACACUGAGUAUCACGAGUACGACGAGUACGACUUCCGGCCGGCAGAGAGACAGGAGCAGUUCUUCAGUGGACAGUCGGCCCUCGGCCCAGAGAAGGGGGAGAAGGGAGAGCCGGCGCUGCUGGGACAGGGGACUCUGGUCACGGGCCCCCCGGGCCUGCCUGGAGCCGAGGGGCCGCCGGGUGAACACGGUCCAAUGGGCCCCCCGGGGCCGAUCGGAGAUCCAGGAGACCCGGGUCCUGAGGGCCGUCAAGGACUUGCAGGGGCUGAUGGGAUACCUGGACCUCCAGGCAACCUGCUGAUGUUACCGUUUCAGUCUGGUGGUGAUGCUCGUCUGGGUCCCGUCAUAUCGGCUCAAGAAGCUCAAGCUCAAGCCAUCCUGCAGCACACCAAGCUGUCUCUGAAGGGACCGCCGGGGCCGCUAGGACUCACCGGACGCCCGGGACCGCUGGGUUCUCCAGGACCACGGGGUCUGAAGGGAGAUCACGGACUCACAGGACCACCGGGUCCUCGUGGGCUGCCAGGGGCUCCGGGACUCAACGGUAAACUAGGCAAGAGGGGUCGUGGUGGGAUCGACGGAAGCAGAGGUGAACCAGGAGAAACAGGAACUAAAGGUGACAGAGGGUUUGAUGGUUUACCUGGUCUUCCUGGAAACAAGGGUCACCGGGGAGAUACGGGGAAGAAAGGGCCAUUUGGUCCUCCAGGAGCCCCUGGAGAAAAAGGCUCAGAUGGUCAGUCGGGGCCGAGAGGUCAGCCAGGAGAGCCAGGUCUGGCGGGGUUGACGGGUCAGCGGGGUCUUCCUGGUCCUCCAGGUCAGCAGGGUAUUCGUGGGAUUGAUGGAGUUCAGGGCUCGAAGGGGAAUCUGGGGCCGGCUGGAGAACCUGGAGCUCCAGGGCAGCAGGGGAACCCGGGAUUCCAGGGUUUUCCUGGUCCUCAGGGAGCGAUCGGAUUACCAGGAGAAAAGGGUCCUCAGGGGAAGCAGGGGAUGAAGGGUUUGCCUGGAGUGGACGGCCCUCCGGGUCAUCCAGGACGAGAGGGGUCGCCCGGGGAGAAAGGCCUGCCGGGUGCGUCAGGUGUCCAGGGGCCUGUGGGAUAUCCUGGACCCAGAGGAGUCAAAGGUGCUGAUGGGCUCAGAGGACUAAAGGGCAGUAAAGGAGAGAAGGGUGAAGACGGUUUCCCAGGAGCAAAAGGAGAAAUGGGUUCUAAAGGAGACAAUGGAGACUCCGGCGCCCCCGGGAUGCGUGGGGAGGACGGCCCCGAGGGCCCCAAAGGGCAGGGCGGCCCCCUGGGUGAAUCCGGACCCUCGGGCAUCGCUGGGGAAAAGGGAAAGCUGGGCGUUCCCGGUUUGCCAGGUUACCCGGGGCGGCAGGGCCUGAAGGGUGCGGACGGGUUUCCUGGCGCUGUCGGCGUCCCGGGAGAGAAGGGAAAGAAGGGUCCACCGGGUCCUGCAGGGGCCGCGGGUCAGAGGGGGCCCAAUGGUGCUCGAGGAGGGAGGGGUGCAAGAGGACCCACUGGGAAAUCAGGAGACAAGGGGUCUUCGGGACACGACGGCCCCCCAGGGCCCUCAGGAGAGAGAGGACCACAAGGGCCUAAUGGCCGUGUAGGUGAGAUGGGCCCCAAAGGACCCAACGGGCCUGGUGGGAAGGACGGGCUGCCGGGUCAUCCAGGCCAGCGGGGGGAGCCGGGUUUCCAAGGAAAGACGGGUCCUCCGGGACCAUCCGGUGUCGUUGGGCCGCAGGGUAAUACAGGAGAAACCGGACCGAUGGGAGAGAGAGGACACCCGGGCUCCGCGGGACCAGCCGGAGAGCAAGGUUUACCUGGAGCCGCUGGGAAAGAGGGAGCAAAGGGCGACCCUGGAGGCUCGGGUACUUCAGGAAAGAGCGGUCCAGCGGGUCUGAAGGGUUUCCGCGGUAGUCGUGGAGCACCGGGUGCCAUGGGGCCGGUUGGAUUAAAGGGCGGGGCGGGGCCGAUCGGGCCCCCUGGACCUUCUGGGCCCACAGGGGAAAGGGGCCCCUCUGGAUUGGCUGGUGCCAUUGGUCAGCCUGGUCGACCUGGAACCGUCGGUGGGCCUGGACCAAUGGGAGAGAAGGGAGAGCCAGGAGAGAAGGGUCUGAUUGGACCCGCGGGACAGGAUGGUGAGCAGGGGCCGGUGGGAUUGCCAGGAGCCGGUGGCCCUCCAGGACCCCCCGGAGAGGAUGGAGAUAAGGGGGAAACAGGAGCUCCAGGACAGAAAGGCAGUAAAGGAGACAAAGGAGAAUCAGGGCCCGCAGGUCCAGCCGGCACUCAGGGGCCCGAGGGCCAGCCGGGAGCACCGGGUGUGGAUGGCGAGACUGGUCCUCCAGGACAGCAGGGCAUGUACGGAGAGAAGGGAGACGAGGGCUUGAGAGGAUUCAAGGGCUCCAGGGGCCCCGGGGGACUACAGGGAAUGCCCGGUCCUCCCGGAGAGAAAGGAGAGAGCGGGAAUGCUGGUCUGAUGGGUCCUCCUGGUCAGUUCGGGCCCAGAGGAGCUCAAGGGCCCUCUGGUGGACAGGGUCCUCCUGGUCGUCCUGGUGUUCGUGGUCAGCCUGGUGGAGUGGGUGAGAAGGGUGAAGAUGGCGAGUCAGGUGAUCCUGGAGCUGUUGGUGUUUCUGGCAGCGCAGGGGAGAAGGGCGAGCAGGGAGAGAAAGGGGACACGGGGCCCCCAGGAGCGGCAGGUUCUCCAGGAGCCAGAGGAGCAUCUGGAGAAGACGGAGCGAAAGGCAAUGCGGGUCCGAUCGGGUUCCCUGGAGAUUUGGGCGCUCCUGGAGAGGCGGGGGUUAACGGGAUCGACGGCAGUGCGGGAUCGAAAGGAGAUCACGGGGAUCCUGGGAAAUCUGGCCCGCCAGGAGCCUCCGGAGAACCGGGACCUCCGGGAAGACCGGGACGCAGGGGUCACUUGGGUCCUGCUGGGAAAGAGGGGCGGCCGGGCCUGAAAGGAGACAAGGGAGCUCCGGGGUACGAGGGCCUCAUGGGAAAGCCGGGGCCGGUGGGCGGUCAGGGGAACUCUGGGAAGGCCGGACCUCAGGGGCUUCCGGGAAUCCCUGGACCAGCGGGAGAACAAGGGCUGAACGGACCCCCAGGUCAAUCGGGACCCCCGGGGCCGAUGGGCCCCACUGGACUGGCUGGACUGAAGGGAGACCCGGGCAGGAAAGGAGAGAAGGGUCAUGGCGGUCUGAUUGGUUUGAUUGGGCCGCCGGGUGAGUUCGGAGAGAAAGGUGAUCGAGGACUGCCGGGAAACCAGGGGCCGCAGGGAGCCAAAGGAGAAGAGGGUCCAGUUGGACCUCCAGGACUCAAUGGACCACCAGGACCACCGGGACUGUCUGGAUCCAUGGGACAGAAGGGAUCUAAAGGAAGCCAGGGCCCUAUUGGACCCAGAGGAGAUACCGGUCCUGCUGGACCCCCAGGACCCCCGGGUUCUCCUGCGGUGGGAAUGGUGGCUCCUCCGGGACUGGACGGCCGAGGGAAGAGGAGGAGACAUUCGGAAGUGGACGGAGCCGCUGUGGAGGACGGAGAGAUGCAGGGCGAGGAGGCUCAGGGGGAGGAGAAGGACAUGGAGGAGGUGUUCGCGUCUCUGUCGUCCAUGAAGACUGAUGUGGAGGGACUCAGAACUCCCCUGGGAACCUUCCACAGUCCCGCCCGCACCUGCAAAGAGCUGUGGAUGUGCCACCCCGAGUAUCCCGACGGUGUUUACUGGAUUGACCCCAACCAGGGUUGCCAUAGAGACGCGUUUAAGGUGUUCUGCAACUUCACAGCAGAAGGUGAAACGUGUCUCCAGCCACACAGCAGCAUUCAGUCGGUCAAAAUGGCUUCAUGGAGCAAAGAGAAACCAGGAACCUGGUUCAGCCAGUUCAAGAAGGGCUCACAGUUUUCGUAUGUGGAUGUGGACGGAAACCCCGUUCAUGUGGUUCAGCUGGGUUUCCUGAAGCUCCUGAGUGCCACGGCCCACCAGAGCUUCACAUACGUGUGCCAGAACUCGGCCGGCUGGCUCGACAGCGCCUCCCUCAGCUACACACACGCACUGCGCUUCAGAGGCGGACACGGGGAGGAGCUGACGCGGCAGAACACACACUACAUCCAGCCCACGCACGACGGCUGUCAGUGGCGUUCGGGGCAGGACCGGACCGUUCUGGAGGUGGACUCUCCUCACUCGGACGCUCUGCCGCUCAUGGACGUGGCCGUCACAGACUUCGGGAACGCCAGGCAGAAGUUCGGCUUCAGCGUGGGGAAGGUCUGCUUCAACGGCUAGUCCAGAAAAGACUUACAUAUUUAUACAUCAGUCCUUCAGGUGCUCGCGUUUGUCUGAUUCUCUGAGAACAGGAAGUUGUGCUUGAAGGGAGAUCAUGUGACAUGAUUACACACAUCCAGACCUCACAGAGAUUCACAUUUAUUUUGUACUGUUUGUUUGAGAGAUGUUGAUGUAUUUUUGUAUUUGUUUGUUUGAAUGUUUCGUAAUCUCGGUGCUACAUCAGGCCUUUUUUAACUUGUUUAUAUGAUGUAAUGAUUUUAGUGUUUAUUAUGGAUGGAGAUUCUCUGACUGUCUGUUUGAUAAAUACUGUUUGAGAGGAGAGAUUUUUAAAUAAAACUAUUACUUAAUAAAA